UGCCUCUAAGGCCCAUUUUGAACGAGGGUAUCUUCUUCACGCACGGAACUCGUUGAGAGAGAGAGAGAGACGGUGAUCGGGAAAUGACGACGAAAGAGGCGGGUGCGUCGUACCCUAGCGCGGCUCGGAUAUCUGAUUCUCCAUGUUAUCUUCAGUACUCUGCGUCUCUCAAAUGUCUUGAAGAAUUUGGAUCCGACAAGAGUAAAUGCCAGGAUCAUUUUGAUGUGUAUAAAGAAUGCAAG